GUGAUUUAAUGCAGAAGCAUUGGAGGGGGAAGGAAGAAGCAGCACCAUCAUCAGCCUGCAGGAAAGGGAGCAAGUUUUGCUACAGAACUUUUAUUUUCCUGUUUUGUCACAACGUACUUUAAAUAUGUGUUUUCCAUGUUUUCUUGAUUUAUCAGCAUCUGUCAUUUAGAAAGCAAAUCAAUUAAGCAGAGAGGGUCACAGCCUGAAGCAGCUGGAGCCUGAGAAUUGCAGUGUGUGGUUGUAACAGACAAUGAUAUCACAGGGAUCUCAGAAUAUGAAGUAAUUGGAAGAAGCUGAUGUGAAGGAUGUGGUGACACGCUCAGGAAGCUGAGGAGGGGAGGAAGAAAUCAGUCGCUGGAGCAAAUGGGAGGAGAGGUGACUGAAGAGCAUCUGCAUAUGCUGACAUCCAUGAUAUUGAAGAUCACCUUCUCUUCUGGAAGUAGAAACACAGUGAAGAGAUGAAUCUAUUCAACCAGACAUUCCACCAGUAGAUCUCUCUCAUCAUGGAGCACCACGGCAGGGAGGAGAUGGACUCAAAAGAGGAAAGUCCUCAGGUGUGGGCUGACUCUGCUGAGCAGGAGCAGAAUACUGCUCAGGUUCACUUUGUCCCCGAGGGGGGAGCAGUGGCCCAGAUCGUGUACAGCGAGGAGCAGGACCGGCCCUCACAGCAGGUGGUCUACACGGCCGAUGGCACCUCCUACACCUCCGUGGACACCUCGGAGCACACCCUUGUUUACAUCCAUCCCGUGGAAGCUACGCAGACUCUGUUUACAGAUCCGUCCCAAGUGGCUUAUGUCCAACAGGAUGCCACCACCCAGCAGGUAACUGUGCUCUUGCCUGCUGCUGCCCAGAGCAUCAACCCCACCAACCUCUCCGUGCUCGGCAACGUUGCCGAAUCCCCCCAGCAAAUGGCUCUGGAGCAGGGUCCACAAACAGAUAGAGCAUCAUUACCGGUGCAUAACCAGGUGUUACCUCCUAUGGAGGCAGUGGAUGGUUCUGACCCUUUAGCACCUCUCCAGAAUCAAAUGGGAAGGAUGGAAACAAAAGAGGAAGAUGAUGAGGAUGAAGAUGAGGAUGAAGAUGGGGAAGACACUGACAUGGACGAAUGGGAUCCAGAUCCACCUCGACCCUUUGAUCCCAAUGAUUUGUGGUGUGAAGAGUGUAAUAACGCCCACCCCUCGGUGUGUCCAAAACAUGGCCCUUUGCAUCCGAUCCCAAACCGGCCCGUGCUGACCAGGGCCAGAGCCAGCCUGCCCCUGGUGCUCUACAUAGACAGGUUUUUGGGAGGGGUCUUCUCCAAAAGGCGGAUCCCAAAGCGCACACAGUUCGGCCCUGUGGAAGGACCCCUGGUUAGACAGACUGAGCUCAAAGACUGCUACAUCCAUUUGAAGGUUUCCCUUGACAAGGGUGACAGAAAAGACAGAGACUUACAAGAGGACCUGUGGUUUGAACUUUCUAGCGAGGCUCUUUGUAACUGGAUGAUGUUUGUGCGUCCGGCUCAAAACCACUUGGAGCAGAACCUGGUGGCCUAUCAGUAUGGCCACCAUAUUUAUUACACAACCAUUAAAAAUGUGGAGCCCAAGCAGGAACUCAAGGUGUGGUAUGCUGCUUCUUAUGCAGAAUUUGUGAACCAGAAGAUCCAUGACAUAUCUGAGGAGGAAAGAAAGGUUCUGAGAGAGCAAGAGAAGAACUGGCCAUGUUACGAGUGCAACCGGCGUUUCAUGAGCUCAGAGCAGCUCCAGCAGCACCUCAACUCCCAUGAUGAGAAGCUGGACUUCUUCAGCAGAGCCAGAGGCCGAGGUCGUGGGCGAGGGAAGAGGAGGUUUGGACCAGGCAGACGCCCGGGGCGCCCUCCCAAAUUCAUACGUAUGGAAGUAACCAGUGAAAAUGGGGAAAAGUGUGAAGAAGGGACACAGGACUUGCUGCAUUUUUCCAGCAAGGGGCAGUUUGAGGCUGGACAAGCCACCCUGAAUGGGCUGGAGCAGCAGGAACAGACUCCAGUGCCACCAGAGACACAGCCAGCCCUGGAGCAGCAGUCGGAAAACCACCCGCUCCAGCUCCAGGCGCAGCAUGAGGAGAACGUGGUGCCUGUGCAGAGCACCAUGACAGCAGAUGACAUGAGGAGAGCCAAGCGCAUCAGGAAUGCAGCUCUCCAGCACCUGUUCAUCCGGAAGUCUUUCCGCCCCUUCAAAUGCCUGCAGUGUGGAAAGGCCUUCAGGGAGAAGGACAAGCUGGAUCAGCACCUGCGCUUCCACGGCCGGGAAGGGAAUUGCCCUUUGACUUGUGACAUCUGCAACAAGGGCUUCAUCAACAGCGGGGCUCUCGAGAGCCACAUGAAGUUCCACAUGGACCAGAAAACAUAUUCCUGCAUUUUCUGUCCCGAGUCCUUUGACCGCUUGGAUCUGCUGAAAGACCACGUGGCCAUCCAUGUCAAUGAUGGCUACUUCACCUGCCCUACCUGCAAGAAGCGCUUCCCGGAUUUUAUCCAGGUGAAGAAGCACGUGCGCAGCUUCCACUCGGAGAAGAUCUACCAGUGCACAGAGUGUGACAAGGCCUUCUGCCGGCCCGACAAGCUGCGCCUGCACAUGCUGCGGCACUCGGACCGCAAGGACUUCCUGUGCUCCACCUGUGGCAAGCAGUUCAAGAGGAAAGACAAGCUGCGAGAGCACAUGCAGAGGAUGCACAACCCAGAGAGGGAGGCCAAGAAAGCUGAUCGGAUCAGCCGCUCCAAGACCUUCAAGCCCCGCAUCGCGUCCACCGACUACGAGAGCUUCAUGUUCAAGUGCCGGCUCUGCAUGAUGGGCUUCCGCAGGAGGGGCAUGCUGGUAAAUCAUUUAUCAAAGAGACAUCCAGACAUGAAAAUAGAAGAGGUGCCAGAGCUCACAUUGCCCAUCAUCAAACCCAACAGAGAUUACUUCUGUCAGUACUGUGAUAAGGUGUACAAGAGUGCCAGCAAACGCAAAGCACACAUCCUGAAGAACCACCCUGGUGCUGAGCUACCUCCAAGCAUCCGGAAGCUGCGCCCCGCAGGCCCGGGAGAGCCAGAUCCCAUGCUGAGCACCCACACACAGCUGACAGGCACCAUUGCCACCCCUCCAGUCUGCUGUCCCCACUGCUCCAAGCAGUACAGCAGCAAGACAAAGAUGGUGCAGCACAUCCGCAAGAAGCACCCAGAGUUUGCUCAGCUCCUCAACACCAUCCAUGCCCCGCUGGCCACUGCGGUCAUCAGCUCCACUCCUGCUGUUCUGACCACUGACAGCACCACUGGGGAGACUGUUGUGACAACAGACUUGCUGACCCAAGCCAUGACAGAGAUAUCCCAGACCCUCACCACAGACUAUAGGACUCCCCAGGGAGAUUACCAGCGGAUCCAGUACAUCCCAGUGUCUCAGUCCACAACAGGCUUGCAGCAGCCUCAGCACAUACAGCUGCAGGUCGUUCAAGUGGCCCAGGCUACCUCACCUCACCAGUCCCAGCACUCCACAGUGGACGUUGGGCAGCUCCAUGACCCCCAGACCUACACCCAGCAUGCCAUCCAGGUGCAGCACAUCCAGGUGACAGAGCCAGCACCAGCAACUCAGCCACCAUCCCAGGUUGGGGGUCAGCCUUUGAGCCCUUCCUCACAGCAAUCUCAGCAGGAACUCAGCCCCUCACAGAUGCAGACAACUACACCUGCCCCAAACCAGGCCCUCCAGCAGCAGCAAGGAUCUUCAGUCCAGCACACGUACCUCCCCAGCACCUGGAACUCAUUUCGCAGCUACUCAUCUGAGAUUCAGAUGAUGACCAUUCCUCAAGGCCAGUAUGUGAUCACAGAGACGGCUGUGGGGACACCAGUCACCACAGUCAACACAGGGCAAGUGAAAGCAGUCACUCAGACUCACUAUGUGAUAUCUGAAGGUCAGCCUGAUCUGGAUGUCAAACAAAACUCUUCGCUCUCCAGCGAGGUCCCGGUUGGGGUUUCCCAGCCUCCAGCCCCCUCGGAUACCCUGGAAUCCCAAACCAGCAGUCAGCAGCAAACCACCCAGUACAUCAUCACCACAGCCCCCAGCAGCAGUGAGGUGCACAUCACCAAGCCCAGAACUUUCUCAGCAGAACAUGAGUGAAGAAGCCCCGUGGUGCCACUGGCUUCUGCUUGUCACCUCCCCUGAAAGCCCAGAUGUCUGGGUAUCCUGGAGCUCAAUAUGUUUUAUUAAAGUAUUUGCUCACUUAACUUCAACUUGGAGCUCUUGUUAAUGCUUUAAGAGGGUUUAAGUCCCCAGUGACCAUGAAGAAGUACCCUCCCAAUCCUUCUGGGAUGCCAUUUUAUGCAGCUUUUAACAGAAAGGACAAGAGGAGAAGUGAAACCUCUGCUUGCUCUGGACUUUAUUUUUGGCAUGUCGUCCUUAUUUUUCCUGUUUGGAAGUGACUCCAGUAAAUAACUUGUAUUUCAAUUGUAUGGGAGAAAAGCUUGCCUAGCUGAAGGCCAACUGGCAGAUGAUGCUGUAUGUAUAUUUUUAAUAGGAGCUGUUCAACAGGAAGACAUCAUGUAAAUGGUCAGAAUGUGGCAGAUCUGCUGCCUGUCUCUUUGCUUCAGCAGCCCAGGUGAAAGGGAACAGCCCAGCUUGCUGUGAGCAGACUGCCUGGAGAAAAAGAGCAGCAGCAAAGCUCUUUGUGUAUGUGUGCAGGGAUGGAUGUAACAAUGAAGCUGUGAAGAUGUGCUGAAGCAGUGCAUUAAAUUAUUAUUUUUCCAAUCCUCCAGAACUGUUUACAUGCUGUCUGCCCUGCCCUAUUGCACCGAGCAGUUCCAGCAAGAAGGGAAAGUGCAGUCUUAAAAAUCACGUUGUGUGGAACAAACUGAUGGAAAUCAUAGUAGCAGAUAAAGGUAGUAUGGAGCACCUGGUAGCUCUUUUCCCCUCCAUUACUUGCAGAAAAAUAAUAAAUAAAAUCACUUCUUUGCCUGUCAACAAAAA